AUGGAAGAACCAAGAUUCAACAUUGGGUUACAGAUUCUGAUGAUUCUAUCAAUAUUUUCAUCAUUUAGUGCAUUAAUUUAUUGUAGAUCGCGUGAUUCUGUAGUUUUGGGCUGCUUCAACUAUGAUAGACCGAUUUCCGAAAGUAAAUUUAAAGAUGAACUUCACUUGAUGAUUAUGAAAUCCACAGUAAACGAUAACACAAAUCGUCGUGAUAUUGUUUUAUUUGUAACAAAUGCCGGUAUGAUUAAACUAACUCGAAAUGCAUUAUGCUCUUUAUGGAUGACCAAUGUACCAAAGGAAAGAAUCAUUGUUGUAGCAACAGAUAAGAUAUCAUACUUAAAUAUGCAAAAAUUCGGCGCAAAUACAGUAUAUUAUCCUACAAAUCAAGCAAUCAAUUCAAUUGAUCCAUCAGAUACAAACGAAUUUGUUGAUUUCAUACGAGUUAAAUUCAAAAUUGCAAAGUUCGUAAUACAUAACACAACAGAUUUAUCAUUAGCAGAUUCAGACAUUAUCUUUUUCGCAAAUCCUUUAGUUGCUUUUUCUUUUGAUACAGAUAUUGAAGCAUCAAUCGAUUCUCCUAAUGAUCCAGUCAUACCAAAGAAAAGUUAUUUAUCUUGGGGAAUUAAUCUGAAUUUUGCACAUUAUCGCUCUACUUCUGUAAUGAAGAAAUUCAUGAAUGUAUGGGAAGAUAGAAUUGAUCAACUCGAAUAUACAGAAUCUCAAGCUCUUCUUGAUAUAAUAAAUAAUCUUCCGACAGAACGUUCAUUUACCGAUACUCUUACUAUUAAUCUUGAACAAUAUUUCGAGCCCGAUCCACACAAUCCAUUCCAAAUCAGAUACGUCAAUCCUGUGUUUGGAGUUGAAGCUAGAGGACCAUUGAUGGGAUCUUCCACAUUGAAGAGAGUUUUUUGGAAGGAAGCUCGCAAACACAAUAUGUCCAGGCCACUCUGGUGCCAUUUCGGAGGUCUUGGAACAGCUCAACAAAAAAUUUCAAAAAUGAAAGAUUACAAACUAUGGUAUUUAGAUGAAUCAGACCAUUGUUUGCCAAAUCCUCCAAAAGGAGGUCGAAAAUACUUUUGGUAA